AAUUACAGUCAACCCAAAGAUGCCGGCAAUGCUGGUUUUAUUAGCAUGAAUUCAAUUAACCGGAGCAGGAUCGGCGAAUUUCGGGCUGCCUGCAUUUCAGAAAACCUGGAUUUGGGUGCUAUGGAAGGGAGAAGCCCUAGUGUUUCCUCUAAACCCAUGGCUGCACUAUCCAAUGACGAACAGCUCUUCGAAAGACAGAGCACGGGGAAUAACAUAACGUUGACCAAUGGAAUGACGGCUACCAAGGAUGAAACUUUUGAGCCAAAUAUUGAAAGACCAGAUGGCAGUAAUGAGACUCAAAAGUUGGGCACUGCUCUUAGUCUCGGAAUCUGCUAUUCAGCAACCUGUGGUGGAAUCGCCACACUUACGGGCACUGGACCAAAUCUCAUUCUACAAGGAAACGUUAAUACGUAA